AUGGAGCUCUCUCUUAAACCUUCAACUCGAAAGAUGAGGCAGACAAGUUUCUCUAUAUUAGUAGUUUUGGCACUAAGUAGUUUUACGGUGAUGGAAUCUCGGGAUCAAGGCAGCAUGGCAAAGGCAAAUAUCGAAUAUACAGCGAUUAACUGUCGAAAACAUAGCGCAUUUAUAACCGAAUUUGGAGCACUGGGUGAUGGAAAAACAUCAAACACAAAAGCGUUUAAUGAGGCCAUAACCAAGCUUGCUCCUAAGGCGGCCGACGGUGGAGUCCAACUCAUUGUUCCACCUGGGAAAUGGCUUACCGGGAGUUUCAACCUCACUAGCCAUUUCACUUUGUUCAUUCAACAAGGUGCAACUAUCCUUGCUUCUCAGGAUGAAUCAGAAUAUCCAGUGGUGGCCCCUUUGCCAUCGUACGGACAAGGAAGAGAUGCAGCAGGACCAACGUUUGCUAGUUUAAUCUCUGGCACAAACCUAACUGAUGUUGUUAUCACCGGUAACAACGGAACAAUCAACGGGCAAGGAAAAUACUGGUGGGUGAAGUAUCGUAGUGGUGGGUUUAAGUCGAUCACAAGACCUUACACAAUUGAAAUCAUGUUCUCUCAAAACGUUCAGAUCUCGAAUAUCACCAUCAUCGAUUCACCUGCAUGGAAUAUUCAUCCCGUGUAUUGCAACAAUGUCAUUGUUAAAGGGGUUACCAUUCUUGCUCCUAUCGACUCUCCUAACACCGAUGGAAUCAACCCGGAUUCAUGCACCAACACACUGGUAGAAGACUGUUACGUAGUCUCCGGCGACGAUUGCAUCGCCGUGAAGAGUGGUUGGGAUCAGUUCGGUAUCAAAGUCGGAAUGCCAACUCAGCAACUCUCGAUCCGACGUCUCACAUGCAUUUCCCCCGAUAGUGCUGGAAUAGCACUCGGAAGCGAAAUGUCCGGUGGAAUCAAAGAUGUUAGAAUGGAAGACAUUACGUUACUCCAAACACAAUCCGCUAUCCGAAUCAAAACCGCGGUUGGUCGUGGUGGUUACGUCAAGGACAUUUUCGCCCGGAGGUUCACAAUGAAGACGAUGAAAUAUGUUUUCUGGAUGAGCGGUGCUUAUAACCAACACCCUGCUUCGGGUUUUGAUGCCAAGGCUAUGCCCGAGAUUACGAAUAUUAACUACCGUGACAUGACCGCGGAUAACGUUACACAACCCGCGAGGCUCGAUGGACUCAACAACGAUCCUUUCACAAAGAUAUGUAUGUCGAAUAUAAACAUUGCUUUGGCUGCUGAACCCAAGAAAUUGCUGUGGAAUUGUACGAACAUAUCCGGAGUUUCGAGCAAGGUGACACCGAAACCGUGUAGCUUGUUGCCAGAGAAAGCUCCAAUGGACUGUGCUUUUCCGGUUGACAAGAUUCCUAUUGAAUCCGUUGUCUUGAACAAAUGCACUGCUUAG